UCCCCCGUGUAAGAGUGAGGUGGAGGAGGACAUUCCAGUCCAUAUGACCACAGGAAAUGUCAGGAAGAAGUCUGAGGGAAACUUCAUGUCAUCAAUAGAUUAUAAAGAAGAGGAUACCAUGCAGCGUUCUUCAGGACAAAACUUAAUCCGUUUUAAUGUACACCCAGGACCUCACAGUGCAGACCCAUCAUAUAAUCCUCCUAAUCAUGAUGAACCUUCUCCUGACCAAUCACAGAACGUCACAAGUCCAGAACUAUCAUAUAAUCCUCCUAAACAUGAGCCUUCUCCUGACCAGUCACAGAUUGCUACCACAAGUAUCGGGCAGAAAGGGGGUAAAAGGUUUCAAUGUGUAGAAUGUGGAAAACAGUUUCCAUAUAGAUCAAAGCUAUAUUCUCACAGAAGAAGUCACACAGGAGAGAAGCCAUAUUCAUGUUCAGAAUGUGGGAAAUGCUUUAUAAGUAAAUCACAUCUUGUUAUACAUGAGAGAAGUCACACAGGAGAGAAGCCAUAUUCAUGUUCAGAAUGUGGAAAGCGUUUCACUGAAAAAUCAGGUCUCCUAAUACAUCAGAGAAUUCACACAGGGGAGAAGCCAUAUUCCUGUUCAGAAUGUGGAAAAUGUUUUACCCAGAAAUCAAUCCUUGAUCAACAUAAGAGAAGUCACACAGGAGAGAAGCCAUAUUCCUGUUCAGAAUGUGGAAAACGUUUUACCCAGAAAUCAAGUCUUGAUCAACAUAAAUCAAGUCACACAAGAGAGAAGCCAUAUUCAUGCUCAGUAUGUGGGAAAUGUUUUAAAAAUAAAUCAUAUCUUGUAAAACAUGAGAAAAGUCACACAGGAGAGAAGCCGUAUUCCUGUUCAGAAUGCGGGAAAUGUUUUACAAAUAGAUCAGACCUAGUUAUACAUGAAAGCAUUCACACAGGAGUAACGCCGUAUUCAUGUUUAAAAUGUGGAAAAUACUUCCUAUGUAAAUCAAAUCUUGUUGUGCAUGAAAAAAUUCACACAGCAGAAAAGCCAUAUUCCUGUUCAAAUUGUAGUAAAUGUUUUCGAGUUAAAUCAGCUCUUAUUAUACAUGAGAGAAUUCACACAGGAGAGAAGCCGUAUUCCUGUUCAGAAUGUGGGAAAUGCUUUACAAAUAGAUCAGACCUAGUUAUACAUGAGAGAAUUCACAGAGGAGAGAAGCCGUAUUCAUGUUCUCAGUGUGGGAAAUGUUUUAGAGGUAAAUCAACUCUUAUUAGACAUGAGAGAAUUCACACAGGAGAGAAGCCGUAUUCAUGUUCAGAAUGUGGGAAAUGUUUUAAAUAUAAAUCGGAUCUUGUAAAACAUGAGAGAAUUCACACAGGGGAGAAUCCAUAUUCAUGUUCAGUAUGUGGAAAAUACUUCAUAUGUAAAUCAAAUCUUGUUGUACAUGAGAAAAUUCACACAGGAGAAAAGCCGCAUUCGUGUUCAAAUUGUAGGAAAUGCUUUAGAGUUAAAUCAGCUCUUAUUAGACAUGAAAGAAUUCACACGAGAGAGAAGCCGUAUUCAUGUUUAAAUUGUAGAAAAUGCUUUAGAUUCAAAUCAGAUCUUAUCAGACAUGAGCGAAUUCACACAGGAGAGAAGCCGUAUUUAUGUUCAGACUGUGGAAAAAGUUUUAAAUAUAAAUCGGAUCUUGUAAAACAUGAGAAAAGUCACACAGAGGAGAAUACAAUUUAAUGUUUUGUAUUUGUUUUACAAGGAAAUAACAUUUAGAGAAUUUAACGUGUUUGUCCAGUCUUAUA